AUGGAGGACUGCUGCGUGGUAUGCGCGGAGCCGCUGACGUUCGUCGCGUACGGCCCGUGCGGCCACCGCGACGCGUGCGUCGAGUGCGUCGCGCGCCUGCGUCUCGUGAUGGAGGACAAGCGGUGCGUGAUCUGCCAGCGCGAGAGCGACGUCGUGUUCGUCACGCGCGCGAUGGGGGACUACACCGAGACGAUCCCCGCGGAGCGAUUCGACGGUCUGCGACGCCGCGCGGACGACGGCGAGCUCGAGAGGGACGCGGUGCUCGGGAUGUUCUUCGACGACCGCGCGACGUGCGCGAAGAUCCGCGAGCUCCGGGGGCUGCGCUGUCGCGCGUGCGGCGACGCGAGCGCGGAGCACGGAUCGCUGAAGGCGCUCAGGGCGCACCUGCGCGAGGCGCACGGUCUGCACCACUGCGAGGUGUGCCUGGAAGGCCGCAAGGUGUUCGUGAGCCAGCAGCUCCUGUACACGAAGCAGCAGCUGGACAAGCACAAGUACGGCGGCGUCGCGGACAAGGACAACGCGUUCGGUCGCGACGGGUUCACGGGACACCCGUCGUGCAAGUUUUGCAAAAAGUUUUUCUACGACGAGGGGCAGAUCUUCCAUCACAUGCAGAGCGCGCACGAGACGUGCCACCUGUGUCGAAGAGCGCGGCCGGACGCGUACGUGUACUACCGAGACUACGACGAGCUCGAGCGGCAUCACAGGAAAGAGCACCACGCGUGUCUGCACCCGGACUGCCUCGCGAAAAAGUUUAUCGUCUUCGUGUCGGCCAACGAGCUCAAAAACCACGAGGGCGUGGAGCACGGGCACGCCAUGACGAAAGCGGAGCGAAAGGAAGCGCUGCGGCUCAACGACCUCGGGUUCACGGUCGGCGCGAGCGGCGGCGGCGGCGGCGGCGGCGUGCCCCGAUCGAGCGAGAUCGAACGCGCGAGGCGAGCGGCGAGGGCGAGGGCGGCGGCGGCGCUGCCGACGGCGUCCGCGGCGGAGGCGGCGCAGAUCGAGGCGGCGCUGCGCGCUUCCACUCUUCAUGGCGGGUCCCGCGAGUCGACCUCUAAUGGUGGAAGCUCCUCCUCGAUGCCGCGGACGAACAGCAUCGAGGAGUUCCCCGGUCUGGGCCCCGGAGGGGGAGGAGGAGGCGGCGGAAUAGGCGGCGGGAUGAUGCGCGGCGGGUGGGCUGGUCGAGGUGAGACUGCUUCCCAUACGACCCCGUUCGCGUGGUGCACGCCGAUCCUUAAGGACUUUUCCCGUCGUCACUCUUCACCCGCGCUUCCCUUUCAACGUUUGACCGGCGGCGGGAGUCGCGGCGGGAGCCGGUCGUCCUCCCCCGCGUUCGGCGCGAAUGCGCACUCGCGCGGCGGCAGCGUCGGCGGGCCGGAGGAUUUCCCUUCCUUGGGAGGCGGCGGUUUUAGGAGCGACGCGCCGCUGGGACGAAGGCAGCCGGCGCCGAUGCCGUCCGCGGCGACGGACGCGUUGGCGGCGGCUCGGACGCGCGACGGCGCUUCGUUCGCCGCGGCGUCCGCGUCUAUCGGUCGACCCGCGGCGUCGUCGAGCGCUGCCGCCGCCGCCGCCGCGCCGGCGGCGGCCCUCGCGGUGGAGAACUUUCCGUCGCUCGGCGGCGGGGGGCGGGGCGGGGGGCGCGGCGGCGGCGGGCAGUGGUCGCGGGGACGGGGACAACCGCCGCCGGGUGCGGCGGCGGCGGCGGCGCGUCCGCGGGACAAACCGCCGAGUAAAAAGGCGCUCCGCGUCGCCGCCGCGAGCGAGGCCGAGGAAGCGGCGCGACUCGCGUCGCUCGCGGCGAGGAGCGACGCGCUCGUGGCGCGCGUCCGCGAGCUCCUCGGCGGCGACGACGCCGCGUUCCAAACGUUCGCGAGGCACAGCUCGGCGUACAGAGACGGCUCCGCGACGGCGGCGACGUACUUGGCGAAGGUGGUCGCGAUGGGGUUGGACGCGGCGUGCGUGGAUGAGCUCGCGGCGCUGAUGCCUGACGAUGAGAAGCGGAGCGCGCUGCAGAGGGCGGUCGCGGCGGCGGAGAGGGCGAGGAAUAGGAGCGUCGGAGGCGGCGGAAGCGGUGGCGGCGGCGGCGGCGGAGGCGGCGCGUCCGUGGACCGGGCGGCGGCGUUAUUGUUCGGCGGCGGCGGCGGCGGCGGCGGCGGAGGCGGAGGCGCGAGCGAGUGGGAUUGCGCGUCGUGCACGUUCCGGAACCCAGCCUCGAACGCGCGGUGCGACGUGUGCGAUUCGCCGAAGAUCGCCAGCGCUGGCGGCGGCGGCGGCGGGAGCGGAGGGUUGUCGGCCGGGGGCGCCGCCGCCGCGACGGCGACGGCGACGGCGACGGCGACGGCGAACGGACACCCCCCCGGACCCGGAGGGGGAAAGAAGAAGGGCCGCAAGGGCAGGGGGACGACGAUCAGCUUGACCGCGGUCGGCGGCGCCGGUGGGUUCGAGCUGGACGAGAUGAUGAACCCCAACGGGCGAAAGAACGCGUGGGGGUAG